GAUAAAUAAACCUUAUUUUGUUCCUGAAGAAUCCAGCAGGAUAUUUCAAAAUGGGCACCAAACAAAUGCAUGGAGUGUUAUUUUUACAGCUCCUGGGAUUAAACUGUUUAAAGACUGUUUAACAUUCAUUUGGUUUUCCUUCUAACUUUAAGAACUUUUAGUAAUUUCACAUCAUGGAUCUCUCAGGCUCUUUGCCUCCACCUUCCCCAUACACCUUCACUUUUAUCCCCAAUGUCUCUGUGCCAUCCUCCUCUCCCUCCAUCUCUCCAUCACCCAGCCUGGCCUCCACAGCUCUCUUCUGCUCCCUCCUCUCUCUCCUGUCCUUGCUGGGCAUCACAGGAAACCUCUACACUCUGGGCCUCCUCCUGAGGCGCAGGAGAAGAAGGAGAAGAUGUGGAACUGGACCAACCUGCUGCCUAAUGAGACUACCUGUACCAUCCUGCCUCGCCAACUCCUCCCCUUCCUCCACCCCCAUCUCCUCGUCGUCGUCCUCCUCCUCUCUGUACCUCCAGGUGCUGAGCCUUGCUCUGGCUGAUCUGCUCUACCUUUUCACUGCUCCCUUCAUUGUGUACGACAGCCUGGCGUCCGGAUGGGCCUUCGGUGAGCUGGGCUGCCGCCUCCUACUGAGCCUCGACCUCCUCACCAUGCACGCCUCCAUCUUCACCCUCACCGCCAUGAGUCUGGACCGCUACCGGGCUGUGGCCCAUCCCUUGCACACCUCCUCCUCCAACUCCUCUGGCCUGCUACGUGUAGGCCUGGCCUGGGGGCUGGCUGUGGCUCUGAGCCUUCCAAUGAUGAUCACGCUGCACUUGGAGGACGGGGACAACCAGGAGGGCCAGCUGUGUGUGCCGGCGUGGGAUGAGCAGAGCUCCAAGGCCUAUCUGAGCGUGCUCUUCUGCACCAGCAUCCUCGGUCCUGGCCUAGCCAUCGGAGCCCUUUACGCUACACUAGGCAGGCUCUACUGGGUGUCUCAGACUAGGCCAGCCUGGGCCAGUGGGAGCAGCAAUGCCUGUCCUCCCCGUGCCCCCAAACCCAAAGUCCUGCUCCUCAUCCUUGGUAUUGUCCUGGCCUUCUGGGCCUGCUUCCUCCCGUUCUGGAUCUGGCAGCUGCUGCCCCUCUACCAGCCUGACAUGUUACGGUCAGUGCCGGUGGGGACACAGGUGACAGUGAAUCGUAUCCUCACAGGGCUGACGUAUGGAAACUCCUGUGUGAAUCCUUUCUUCUAUACAUUAUUGACUGGAAAACGACGACGCAACCGGCAGACGCUGACAUCAGCAAAUCAGCUCUGCCGUAAGAGCAGUCCACUGCAGUAGUGUGUGUGAGUGUGUGUGUGUGUGUGUGUGUGUGUGUGUGUGUGUGUGUGUGUGUGUGUGUGUGUCUCGUUAACAGUAGAGACAAAAAUGUGAGGGUAUACACAUAUGUCAUGUGUGAAAUGAUACUGAAUAUGAAUGUUUUAUGAGUUCCAUAAACACCAAAGACCAUUGAUUCAUCCUUAGACUGCAAACUAAGGAAAUACUGAGCGAAUGAUAGCACUUUGUAUUAAUGCUUUGUGAAAGAACAUUUCCUCUGAGGAGACAAUCAAAGACAUGUCCGGUAAUUAAUGCUUUAUCUGCACACUUUGUCCAAAUCAAAUACUGUGUCUUUAAUUGUUGUAGUAGCCAAGUUUACAUAAUGAUAAUGGCUAUGCAGCUAUGGCUGACUACAUUUGGUUACUGCAGUAAUUAAUUGUGCAAAGUUAUUUACCCAGAGAUUUAGUAACACAAAAUAACAUUUUAUUUAGUCAUAAGGAUUAUUCCUUCUUUACUGUAUUGUUAUACAGAAAUACUAGCAAAGCAAAGUCUAUGUUGCAUGUGGCGCAUGCACAAGCAUUUCCAGUAAAACCCAGAUGCACUUCUGCUUGUUUUCAGAGAACUAUCAAAGAAAAUGUUUGUUUUUAAACGACUGGUUGUAACUGGUCAGAACGUUGUUGGGACAUUUUUCUGAGACAUUGUUUGUUGACUUAAUGAAUGAUGUCUGAGCGGGUCAACAG